UGGCAGACCCCAGACCCAAUUUUGGGGUCUUUCUCCCCAGAUUUCUGCUCCCUGGGGGGGCUGGGGGCUCUCCUGCCCCUCCUGGCAGACCCCAGACCCAAUCUCCGCGCCGGGGCCGCGCGGGCGCUGGGGGCUUGUGCCCAGAACCUUCCGGAAGCCCAGGCCCGGGCGCUGGCCCUGGGGGCGCUGCCGGCGCUGCUGGGGGGGCUCCGGGGGGACCCCGACCCCCAAGUGUCGCCUGUGCUGCUCUUCGCCGUCUCCUGCCUGGUGCGGGCGCAGCCGCAGGGGCUGCAGCAGCUGGAGGCUCUGGGGGGUCUGGGGGUGCUGGGGGAGGUUUUGGGGAGCCCCCAGCCCCCCCUGAGGGCUCGGGCGGCGUUUCUGCUGCACUGCCUGCUCCGGGAGCACCCCCGGCUGACGGAGCCGCUGCUG